GCUCGCUUGCCAUUAUCUUACAUACCACCUUGUUACUUAUCGGAACGGGCUGGUUCAGCAGAAACGCUUUGGACGACGUUGGUUUACGAUAUUUGACGCCGGUGGUAUCCUAUUCUCUCCCGUUUGGCAGGCUUACUGUUUUCUUGAUGACACCCGACGUUCAUUCCAGCGAAAACUGCGUGGACGGGAAAAUAUCUGGCCCGUCUGCAUCUGUCGUCAUCACACCGGCCAACAAUACUUCACCAGAACCAUUAUCUGGCCUCCCCGGUUGGCCGUCCUUCACCGAUUCGCCGUCUGUAGCUCCUGGAGGUAGCCAGCAUGAUGGAUCCUUGGACGAAACAAAAUUGCAGAGCUCUGGUGUGCAUUUGCCAACCCCUCAGAGCCCUGCAACCUUAUCGUCAUAUCUACUAUCAGAGGCUGAACCCAUAGUUUCGGGUGCCCACAACUCGCGAUCGGGCCAGCAACCUUCGACUUUACCGUCGGGGUUUCGCGUAUAUACUACUCCGUCACCCCCACCUCCUCUUCGAUCCCUCCAAACGCUUACUCCGGGAACUAGUCCUCUGCCCAUGCGCUAUCAGGCAGGCAGUUCCCAUAUGCAGCAGCAACCCCCGGUACUGAUGCGCACCCAUGGCCAACAUUUGAUACCGUCCUCAGUUGAGCCAACCAAAACUGACCUGUGGUGCGUAAUUUUAUUUCGUAAACAGCUUGCAGUGGAAAUUUCUUAUUUGGUCUCAAGCGAGUUGUUGCCGAUGGGCGAGAUGCCCUCGCGUCCUACAACACCUGGGGUGCAACCAGCCUCGAUUGAUUACUCUGUCGAUGUGCCGAAUACAGAAUUCCCGAGCACACCUCCACGGAAAUCACCAACAUCAGUGCCUCGGCGCGCGGACGGUGACAGCCACUUGUUACCGCUACAGGUCGAAAAUACUGCAGUGGCCAACACGGAAGUUGGGGGAGAACUUGCGCGGAUCCGUGCACAACUUGUGGAGAACCACCUUGCGCUUGCCCAGGAAGCAGAGGCGCGGAGACCUGAUUAUUUCAAGCGAAUGAGACGCGCUGCUCUAACUACCGAUGCGACCGAUGCGGCGCCGCAAGGUUCAGCAUUACAGCCCGCCGCUCCCAUUGGCAUCACCAAUAGUCCCAUUAAGGGUAGACGCCUCACCUUGUUCCAGGAAACAUCUGAGGAGAGCUUCGAAGAGAGUUUGAUGGCGGGUGGAUACGGGCGCUAUCGCUCCGAUGCGUUGCCGUGGAGGAAGCCGGAAAACGAAGUACCGAAUGUUGUGGAUACGACGGAGGACCCUGCUGUAAUGGUCGAACGAGAAAGGAAGAAGAAGAGGCUGGCGGCAUUCCGCAAUGUCCCGCUUGCCUCCUCGUCGAAGACACAACUUGUUCCCACUGAGAUUGAAGGGUGCGGUAGAGUUCUCAUAAGCAUGGAUGCUUCGGAGCCGCCAACUUCUCCCAAACGCAGCCCCUCGAAAGGUAGACGGUCGCGGAGGAAAAAGAGGGUUGCCGCUGAUGCACGUGGAGAGAAAGAUGGACUUCUCACGCCUCCGGAGGCGAAGCUUGACGCUCCCAAUUGGCCAGAUAUGCACUUCCCAUGGGGUUCAAGUUCAACGCCAUGCGGGUCACAGAAUUUGGAAGAAGAGAGGCUGCGACAUAUUGAAAACUUCCUCGAACGGGAUUCGGAUGAGGAAGUUGAGGAAGGGCCGUCUUCGCCUUUACGGAGUCCCGCAGAAGAGAUACAAACGGCGCAAGUCAAAACAUACCCCGUUCUCCUUCAUGCUGGCGAGGCACCGAUCGGAUCCACGGGUAUGUCGGUCGUUCCCAGAGACCCUGCUGAUGCGAGGGCGGCGUUCUUGUCGAAGAAGUCCGUUAAGGAGCUCUCACUUCGUCUUCUACGCCGUAGGAAUACCGAUAACGACGGAGGCGGGGUGGUGUGCAUCUGCAACGAUCCGGACGACGAGCGGGACUCGGUGCAGUGUGAUGCAUGCCAGAUAUGGUAUCACCUUGAUUGCAUUGGGAUACGAAGUACGUCAGAGCUUGGCAGGGAAGAAGACCCAUGGUUUUGCGCAAAUUGUGCGGAAGCAAAGACACCACCACCCGUGAUGUUGUCCUUAUCAGAGCCCACCUUCGUGCCUACGGACGACAAAAUAAUUGGGGACACAUGUUAUGACCUUCCGUUUUUGCAGGCUGGGCUUAAUCCGUCGCCGAUGACUCACUGGACAAGUUCAGGUCGACAGCCGAGGACACCACCAGACAGUCACGUUGGAUUCCAGUUUUCGUCGGGGUCUUCGUGGGAUGAACCACCUUCACGAGGUGGACCUCAUACACCGCAGUUUCCAAACUCACAGGAUGUGCGUGUGUACACCACGCCAGGGCAGGUUGGUUCGUUGGCGAUUGAGGAGUCGCCAUUUGAUCCCACGUCUACACCCUCUCGUGGGAUCAAGUUUGGUGCGCCAUUUACCACGCCAAAAAAUGGAUUAUGGCAAGGACGUCAUCAGGAGUUGUUCCACACACCCACACGACCAGGUGGGAUUGCGUUCGGGCGGCCAUUUGGACAAUAUGGAUCGAGAGGGGUCGAGGGAUCGUCGGGACAUUCUACAUCUACGCAAGACAUCACUCCGGUCGUUCAUCACCUGAAGGAACGCGGUCGACCACUAGAAUCUCCGUUAGCCGGGAAACGGUCACGGCAUAGUGUGGAUAAUCGGUUGUCAACGUCUCGCGGAAGAUGAGGCACGACGCGUUUGACGAUUGGAUUGAUUGCUUUGUUCCCAUACUUAUUAGCAUGGAUGGCCAUCCUUGUGGCACGGUAAUAUUGGUGAUAUAAGAUAUCGAUAUGAGGAUAUGUAUGUAGUAGAGUAUCUGUACUAGGUCAUGUGUAUUCCCGUCUGUCCUCGUUUUCGGGCC